AUGGCGGCCCUGUUUAUGCGAACGGUGUUUCAAAGACAGGUCGGAUUUGUUCGGCGAGGAAUAUUUGGUGAGUAUCAAAACUUGAGCCCAGUGAAUUUAACUCCUUUCUUGCCAAAACAGAUAGGAAAGCCGUUGUUAAAAUGCUAUCGCUUCUGGAUAUGGGAGAUACCUGCAUAUAAGACUACGAUAAGCUCAUUUGCAACUUCUAGAUCUUGUCGGAUGAUUUUGGACGGUCGGGUGGUAAGAAAAAGAGAUGAAAAUGUACAGUGAUUGGGCAGGGUGUAUUUCAAAGUUAACUUGGGAGAUACUAAGAUCUAACUAACAGUGUUGCGAUCAUAGGAGUGUCUAACAGAUGGAUACAGCAGUCAUCUUACUGCCUCUCAGAUGAGCAAGACAAGACCGAUCCAGGGUAGGGAUUAGUGUGCAAGUUAAGAGAGAAUGUCCUUGAGGCUAAUAGAGGUGCACUCUUACUGUUACUGAAUUUUUCUCAACUAAAUGCUCUUCGUUGAGUAAACGGUGGGUGUUAAUAAGAGAGGACAAUAAAAAAAAAAAAAAACGAGUGAAAUAGCCGCUUCAUUUAGUGGAGUACAGUACCGUUCGAAAGUAAGUUGACAGUCUCGACUUAAGUCUCAAGACUCGAUUCUUGCAUCUAGAAGCUCGAACGAAUCAAGUUUCGAGAUGCUAAAUGCUAACAUGCAUAUGUCAUGUGUAAUUUGAAACCUCUUGCUUUAACUUAACAUGCAAUUCGCAGCAUUUUCCAAAACACAUACAACAGGGACCAAAAAUUUCUAAAGGCAAAAGUCAUGAUUACUGAAGGUUUCUGCAAGACUAUUUCAUUCGAGGUCAUUUUUAGAGGAGAAACUUAAACUGCGUUUCGAUCCGAUCAGCGGAAGAAUUACAAGACAUUUGUACUUGUUUGUUUUUUACUUUUUAAAAAAGCGCAGAAUGAACAGGAAUUUUGUUGGCUGUUUAACUCGCCCAUUAAACGAGGGGAUUCGUUUCUAAAGUGCAAAUUUUGUUUCAUCACGAAAGAAAGCAAGGUUUGCAAAGCCGUUUGUCGCAGUCUGCAACGUGUACUUCUCAAUCCUUUAAAAAAGAGUGUGGUCAGUUUGCUGAACAUCUAACACAUGAAAUUUUCAGAAUUUUACCUGUGUUUUCAUAAUUCUUGUUAAAGUUGACAUUUUUCUUCUCUGACUCCCAUGAGAAAUGGUCCUUGGUGUUAUUACAGAUAACUAAUUAUAUCUGUAAGUAAAGCCAUUGAAAAAUGUAAAGAAGAAUGCGAUAUUGUUUAAAUUAUUCUGGUACAAGGUUUUUGUCCUCUGAAAAUUGAAAUUACUCAAUUGCCUGGUGGAUUCCGUCUUAAUAUUAAGGAUGUUACACUAUAUUCCUAGUCCUCAGGAAUCUGGUGCAGAGGCAUCUUCUGGUGAAAAACAUGAACAUAAUUACUUUGGUGAUGAUCAUGCAUUCUACAGUGCAGAAGAACAAGAUGCUGAAAUGCGAAAAAACAUACUCAGUGCUGCAAUGGAACAUGUUCCUGAGUUAGGUUGGAGUUCAGAGGCCAUUGAAGCUGGUGCCCAGUCAGUGGGACUUUCUGCAAUGGCAGAAGGGAUGUUUCCACGUGGUGCUGGUGAUUUGGUCCUGCAUUUUACAGAAGACUGCAAUGUUAGACUGGCUGAUUACCUUGUAUCACAAUCUAGAGUUGGCAAGGAGUCUGAAGAGGAUACUACUACAAGCCCAGUGUGAGUUUAACCCGCUAAUUAUAGUGUUAUAGCAAAAACAUAUGAUUGUUUAACAGUUGGCUUUAAUGGUGAGAUUUAAAGGUUUAAAAUCUAACAAAGGCCGAUUAGCGAUAACAAAAUUUUAACACAUUUCUUUUUCUGUUGUCGAUUUUCCCAUCUAAUCCAAUCAUAAAAUUGUAGGCAAAAAGAAUAAACCUGAUUUUGCUUCUCAAGCUUUCAUAUCUGAAAUCAAAUUUUGCACUAACCCCUGGGUUAACUUAACCCUGCUUUGAACAGCCCAGCCCUGGAGACUACCUCUUUUGCAGUAGGUUCCUUCCAACAUCAACCACGCCCUCUCCUCUCCACUCCUACCCCCACCCCAUGAACACAGUUGGACCCAGUCCACAACUUUUAACAUCGCUGUGUCUCAGGACAUUAGACUAAGCCUUACGUGAAGUACAGACUGUCAAAAUUUGCUUUUUUGACAAGAUAGUCUUUUGAGUGAUGAAACAUGUGAAAAAAAUUCCCGAAACCUUAUUAUGAUCAUAAUACGUUUUAAAUUUGAGGGGGGAUUGGGCUUAAUUCCAAACUAAAGCAGAGAAAAGCUAAAAAUUCAAUUUUGUCCAGGAGAUUUGUGAUUUAUCCAGGAGAGUGAGCACAUAUGUUGCAUGUUACAAUCAAGUUGAAAAAUUAGUAAUAGUAGACCUUUAUCAAUGUUAAUUGCUACUUUCAAAAGAAAGGCUCUUACAUGUACAGUGAAGCUACAAUAAUUUUGGUGACAAAACUAUUUUGAGGUACUUAGCCCUAAGGGGUCUUUCUAACGUUUUGCUAACUAAAAGAAGACAAAAAAUAAACCUUUGCCUUCCCCAUCCCCUCCAUGCAAUGAUGUGCCGCUGUUUGCCAAAAACACCUCAGCUUUGAAUGGAGGGGAGGGGGACGGGGGGUGGAUUGUUUUUUUCUCCAAAGUUACCCCAUUUUUGAAUGUCAACAAUUUUGUCAUCGUUUGUAUGCUAUUCCUGACAUGUGGAACAGUUUUAAUACUAGCAACAUCUGUUCAAGUGAAAAUUUAAGUACUUUUAAAUCUCACCUCAAGACUUGUCUUUUUCAUUGUUAGCAUGAGAAUUAUUAUCUUAAUUUACAGUCAUUUAUUAUUUAUUUAAUAAUGAUUUGGAAUGUUAAAUAUUUCACUUAAUUGUUUGGAAUGUUGUGUAAAGUGUCUAGAGCAGGAGUGGAUAAGUGCUGCAAUGUAUACAAAUUUUAUUAUUAUUAUUAUUAACUGAUAACUUGAAAAUUGAAUCUGUUAGUCAUGAAUUGCAGUGGCUGCUGAUUGUAUCAAAUUCGAGGGUUCUCCAGAUGCUCCAGUGACUGACAAAAAUCACUGUUUAGUCAUCACAGAAACUCUGGCUACUCACCAAAUUUCUUAUCACUUUGACUUCAUUGAAUGAGGCUUAGUAUGAUGUCAAGAAUUAUGCGAGUGAAUAAACUAUUGUCACUAAUUAUGAACAGUUGACAAUAAAAUAUUAUUGUUAAUUGUUUAAGUUUCUUUACAGGUUUAUUUGAUUGUAGAGGCUAAUAAAGUUUAUAUAAUUUUCUUUAGGCGUAAAAGCUCCCGGGUGAUAAUCCGUGAUGCUGUGGAAGUGCGGCUAAGGAUGCUAAUCCCUUAUAUUGGCCAGUGGCCUCAGGUAUACUGAAACUUUUCACCAAAUAACAACAACAAAAUACACUGUAAAUAGGAAGCUUGUAGAUUAAUACCAGCAAGUCAGUCAGUAUGCACAUGUAGUCAGUUAGCCUGUCAGUCAGUUAGUCCUUUCAGUCAUCACCAAUAGAUCAACUUGUCAGUCAGUUGGUGGAGUCAAUGCUCUAGUCAGUCCAGGCAACCCUAUUCAGUGGAAAUCAGUUUGUCAGAUAUUCAGGGAGUGAGGAUCUGCCAAACAGCAAGUCAAUCAACACUUUGUGAAGAACUCUGCAUCAGUCAGCAUCAGACAGCCUGUCAGUCAUUUAGUUUGCCAUUUAGUCAGUCAGUUGUUUAUUAGUCUUUGGGUCAUAAGCAGUGAUCGGAAAAAAAACUUGAAUUCCAGCUUGUCCUUUAGACAAGCAAGUCUCCAAUUUGUCUUGCCUGUGACAACUUCUUAGCCAUCUUAGGUAAUGAUUUUGUUAGAGGAUCACUUCCCUGGACCCUUGCCCAUUGGGCAAGUAAGCCUUUAAAGUUGCCUGCCCAGUGAGAAAAUCUACUUGUCCCUGACAACUGGACAGGACUUUUUUCUAGCCCUGAUAAGAGUCAGUCUCUUGAGUCAGUCAAUUAAUCAAUAAUGUAGAAAUGUGCUUGGAAACGCAACUGACAAUAUUGAAAAAUAAUCACAUUUCAAUGUGACGUUUUUUUUAAGGCCAUGGGUUUGAUGUUACUACCACACAAUGCUCCUGAUGCUGCAAAGAAUGUUGCAUACAUGGUGGAUGAAAUAUGGUACCAUGCAGGGGACACAUCAACAGAUGUAAGUUCCAAAAUUUUUGCUAAUGAAAUUGUUGGUCUUUUUAUAAAUAGGUUGGGAAUAAGCUUAUUGGUGACUCAUUAUGAGAUGGUGGGUCACUAAUCAAUGUAUUAAGGCUGUGCUCUAACCCACCUGGUGCACCAUGGAACCUAACUUUUGUUCCUGGGUGACUAGAAAGUCUUACUUUUUUGUAAUAGAAAUCAUAAACCGGGCAUCUAGGAUUUCACAUGUUUGUAGCUGGGCUCCCCUCAGUUUUUCUUAGAGCACAGCCUUGGUAUUGUUAUUAAUAGAUUACAUGUUUAUAGGACAAGUACAUUGUACAUUUUGAUUAGUAAAAGGACUCCACAGUCAGUAAUCAUUGAUUAGUAUACUGAUCAAAGUUUGAAAUUGAACUGUUGGAAACAAACUGAUUCCUUAAUAUUAAAAUUUUUAAUUUGAUUUCUAUUUUUGGGAAAAAUAAAGUGAUAUUUUAUUUGAAUUGGUUCUAUGAAAUUCGUUUGAAAAUUAAUGAUUUGAAUGACGUAAUAUACUGGUGAUGUUAUUAUUUGAUGACACUUUAUUUUAAAUAUUCUGUUCAUACUAUUAGAUUCAUUUGACUAUGGCCAACAUGUUAGAGAUUCUCGACUGGUAACAUAACAGACAUAACAAACAUUUGAAUCACCUUAGUUUGUAACUCAACAAGCAUGCACAGAGAAUUCAUGAAUUUGGCGGGGGACAUAUCGGGAAUGAGAUGGGUAGGGUGCCAGUGGGUUCUGUUUUUCCAAGGAGUAUAAUUUUGUUGAAUUAAAAAAUAAUAAUUAUUCGAGGGGCAUCCUGUUUUGAAAAACUGAUUGUUAGAGCAAGUGAAACAAGCAAGUUUGUGAGUCACUUUUCCUCUAAGGAAAGGUAGCUUUUGAUAUAAGAAAAUUAUUAAUUUAAUUUGUGAUGUUUAUCACAGUGUUUCUUGUAAUACCUUCUGAUCAUACACAGAUAAACUGGUACACAAAGAGAGGGGUGUUAGCAGCACUGUACGGUUCCACAGGUAGGUUAAAGAUAACUACUGGUACACUUGGACAAGUUUGUGUUUGUAAAUUUGGAGCCCUUACAAAGGUACAAAGGCAACUGAGAAUGCAACUGGAGCAUUUUUUGAAUUUGAUUUAUGCACACUAUAACUGCAUUGUAUACAUGGAGAGCUGUGAUCCAAUGAUACAUUAUAUAUAUUAGUAAAGAAUGGAAUAACUUGAAAAAUAUGAAAGGAAUAAAUAAAAACUAAUGGAAUUUGACUUCUAUGACAGUGCCUACAUUUUGUUUUAUAAUCAAAUCAAUAAUAUUAAAUUAAUGAUAGCAAAAUAAUUGUUAUACUUUAAUAGUUAUUUUGGUGUACAUGCUCUGGUUCAGUUUUAACCUUGGUUCAAAUUAUAUUUUAUGGUGAGAUGAAAAUAUAAUAAUAGAAAGUUGUUGCUCUUCAGGCAAGCUGUUGCUGAAGUUACACACCUGGAGCAGUCAUGUUGGCCCACCAGCCCCCCUUUCACUAACAUUAUUUUUACUUUGUAAGGUCAAUUUUGCUGGCUUUAUGAAUAACUCAAAAUAAUUAAAUUAUGCUAGUAUAGAGUGACAAGUCAAUCCAGUAGCCCAGGGCUGUUGGACAGCCUUUUGUUGUGCCCAUGAUUAAUUUUGCGGACAUGUUUGUGGAUGUACAUGUAUGGUAAUGAAUUCUCUGUUUUCUCAAAAAAUAAAAGUGCAAACCAUUCAAAGUUCAGAAUCUGGGAAAUAAAAGAAGAUAAAUAAACAAAAAGCCUUGCCAAAAAUCAGGCCUGUGCAAUAUUUCAUAUGUGAGAUAUUCGGAAAAUGUCUUACCCAAAUUUUUAGAGCUUUGUAUAGAGAUGCCAUGUUGGAGUCCCUGUGAGGGGUAGAAAUAUGGCUGCCGGAAACCAACGGAAACAUCUGACUUUGAGUUUCCCUACAAAUGCCUGGAUUCAUCAUGCAAGGAACUCAUAAAGGUUGAAGUAAAAUAUAUUUUGAGACAAUGAAUGUUUAGAUAGCACAAUCUCAAAAAAUCGGCAAUGUUUUUAACCCACAUAAGAACUUCCCUGGCCAUCAGCUAAUUACCGUGUCACACAAAAGCCUGGAAAUUCAAGCAUCCUCAAAUGCAAAACAAAAAACCCUUUCAAACCAAACAGUUGUAUAAAUGAGGGUGUUUAGCUGCUGUAAUAUCUCAGGAAAGUAGAAGCUCAGAAGAUCCGAUAAUCCUUAGUUUGAAUUUUGGUGAUGUCAUGUGAAAACCAACAAAUAAUGAGUCUAAAGUGAAGGAAAACAAAAUUAUUUAAACCAAGGAUAAAAUUGACCCAUGAUCAACAUACAAAUCAAGUAUUUAAAAUUAAUUCUCUCUUAAAUUUCAGAAUUGUACAUGGUCAGUGACAGAUCUCCUGAUUUUGAGGAAACAUGGAAUUUUCUGGACAGAAGAAUGUCUGACAUUGGUAUGCUUAUCAGUGCCAAAGAAACAGUAAGUAUCUUGUACUUCCAUGGAUAAAUGCUCGACUUUCAUAAUUAUUGGCAACUAUGAUCUAGGGCCACGUGCGAUAUAUGUGCAGGUGCAAUAUACAGUCAUGCUUAUCAGUUGGAAGGUAUGUCCAGGUGAAAAUCCACUUGACUUGCGUGAUCAUAAUUACAUAGGUUUUUUUUUGUCAUGUACAAAGAGCAAACAAAGAACAACAAAAGAAAUUUGAAUUCUUGCUUUUAGUGACCUAAAAUGGUUGCUUUACUGAACCAAAUAAUUUUUCGUAGCGUCACCUUGGAGACCAAAAGAAAAGGGCCUCUGGAUUUUGCGUUAUAAUAGUUACAUUUUGUUCUUCAUUUCAUGAUAUCCAAAUGGAGAAACUGUGCUCAUGCUAUGUAUUUACCACUCAUUUUCUAGUACAUGAUAGUUUAUUUUUUGGUUUUGGUUGUCUUUUCUAGUUGGAAAAAGCUGGAUCAGAUGCGACAGAGUUAUUGUCAGCAGCCUUUACUACAGUAAGUGUGAUGUUUUUAAGGCUACAAACAAUAUUAUUACAACCAGAAUUGCAUGGUCACAUGGACCUGGUCAGCCAUAGCCUACAAAUCUUGCUUUCUAGAGUUUCAGUGAAACCAUAUUUUUUCUAUAAUGGGCGACAUACAUGUACCGUGUUUGUCCAUUUUUGAUGUACACAUUUUCAGUUGGAGAGUAUUAGUGAAGGUGGAUUCUCUGUUUGAUUUCAAAACACAAAUUAUGGCUUUAAGCAUGCCAGAAGCUGGAGUUGUCAUAACAUCCAGAGUCUCUUGGGUUAUACAAACAUAUAACUGUUAACUAUUGGGUUUCAGUAUUUUAAGGAAGCUCAUGAGGAACGCACAAAUUUUGAAUCUUGUCUUACUUUAUACAAAUUAAUUUUCCCGGUUUUUCCAAUCUCUGACACAGGUCCUAGAUAGGCUUGGAAAUAUGGGAGGUGUGGACUCAGAGUUUUGGGUGUUUUGCUGGUUGUGCACUUACGGGUCUGGCCCGGCCAUCCCCAGUCUUCUUUUUAUAGGAUUGCACACAGAGAACAGAAUGCGAGUUGGUGACUGCGCCUCUCCCAUGAUAAAAUUAAUAUAUUGAUAGCAGACUGAGAGACAAUAGAGGAAGAGUUAGCUUACAGGGCCCGGUUGUUCAAACGUUGGAUAGUGCCAUCCACCAGGCCCCGGUUGUUGAAAAGACGGAUAGCACUAUCCAGUGGAUAAGUAUUAGGAAAACCAAUUGCGCUAUUCAGUGGAUAGAGAUUUAUGCGAUGGAUAGUGUUAUCCACCUUUUGAACAACUGGGGCCAGAUAAAUCGCUAUACAGUGGAUACCAGUAAGUACAUGUAUUAGGGAAAUCAAUUGCAUUAUCCACCCAGGAAAAAAUAACAGAUUCCCAUUUUUGGAUAUUUUAGGGUAUUUAAAGAAUACCCACAAAAAUCCCAAAUUUGGAAGAGUGAGACAAGUCCCAAUCAGGGAACUUGGUUGGGAAUUCCCUGGUUGAGACUUGUCUCACUUUGCCAAAUUUGGGAUUUUUAUGGGUAUUCUUUAAAUACCCUAAAAUAUCCAGAAAUGGGAAUCCGUUAUUUUUUCCUGUGCCACUGGAUAGAGAUUUAUCCAGUGGAUAGCUUUAUCGACCUUUCAAACAACUGGGUCCAGGUGCUUAGUAGUUUCCAAUCAGUGACUCAUAUUGGUACUUAAUGCUCUAUUUCAGGUGCGGAAUAUGAGUGGACUAAACAGCCGAAACAGAUAGAGACUGACUCCAAAUAAUAUUGUGCAGUAUACAUUAUUGUUGCUAGCAGUGCAAGUAAUGGUUAAAGAUAAGACUGUUUGUGAAUAGAAAAAUUUAUUUGAACAUGACCUGUAAAAAAAAAAAAAAAACUGCACCUGGCACAGUCACUUUGGUUUGUAGAUGUCAUGCAUAUAUAUAGUUGUCCUAUUCAUAAGAGUCUGGCCAAGGUUGUGAGUAGUCAUUCACAAUCCUGGUCAAGAGUUUGAAGCCGUAGACAUAGGGGGUAAGACUAAUUUCUGAAUCGGUUUGUCCUCAGGCUAAUUCUUGGUUUGGAUUAUUUUGGUAGUUUUAUUUCAGGCAAAAAAAAGAGAGAGAGAAAGCAAAAGCUCAGAUAGGGUGGCAGUUUAUUAAUACUGAUUAUCAUUAGAAAUAGCGGUAACAUUAUACAAGUAUGCAUAUAAAAGUGUAACUCCUGUUUAAAUUUCUUGCCCAUGUAUUAUUAUACAUAUGUUAAACUGGUAUUAAUAACUGAAGAUUCCAUUCUCUUUUGUCAUUACUAAUAAAGGCGAAACUAACACUAUAAUUUUGGCUCUAAUUUAUCUCACUGUACCAUUGAAGUACGUUGUGUGUACGGUAUGUGGGACAAAUUAAAAUAACUUUUGUAUAACUGAAUGUAAUUUUUUUUUUUAAUCCAGGUAAUUUUUAAUUUGCUGUGUUUCUUUUAAAACUCCGCUGGCCUUAUAAGAAAAAGGGAUUCUACUUACAUGUAUUUCUCUCUUUAUUUCUAUUCUUUUCACCAUGCAAGAAAGAAGAAUUCAUUCUCUUUCUACCGAGGUUUGAUGUCUUGAGCAUCUGAUCCAUAGUCCAUCGUGAUCAACUGGGCCACUUAACACGAUCGAGUUUUAAAAUUCCUCAUUUUUUAAAAAUUAUUCCUUAAAUUGUUCUUGAUUCAGUUCCAGACUUACACUUUAGAGAAUUCCUUUUUUUGUCGAACUGUCGGUGUUUAAUUGAGGCAGAAAAGAGAUUAAAAUAAACUAUAAAUGCCACUUUUAUUAAUUAUUGGCCACUGCAUUUUCAUGGGGGACUUGACACACUUCUCACAUCAAUGUGAUAAUCAAGAAUAAGGAGUUAGGAUUCAAAAAAGGAUAAUAAGCAUAUGCAUAUAUUAUAUAUUUGGUUUUCAUUUAUUUCAAUAUUAACCUUCUCUAUCAGAACAUUUAAGCUUAAUUUUAUGUAUGGGACUGUUAAAAAUAUUAACUUCUUUCUAUACGUCACCAUUAAUCAUUACUACAAUUAUAUAUUUCACAAUUAUCCUUAUAAUCAGUGUACUACAUUCAAAACUUUAAAUUUAAAUGUUAGAUAUAAACACGUUAUCCCAUGAUAGUAUUGUUGUUAUAAAUAGAAGCCUGUGUAUCAUGCAAUGUAUGUGCAAGAGAAAAAAGAUUUUCCCUUUUUUUCUGGUGUCCCUAGUGUGUGUUGUUUUCUAUAUACCGGCUUUAAAUAACACAUAGUUUUGUACUGAAAUGAUAUCUUUCCUCAGAAUUGUAUAGUUUCUUGCAAGCUGUAACAAUAAAUACUCUAUUUUUUUUCUUUUAACUAGAUAUUAAACUCUCUAUUAUUGAGCUAAAUAGUCACC